AAAGGUGUUGGUUCACUGCAAACCGCCAGGGCAGCUUUACAUAUACCUUAGCACAUGUGUAUAUUGGUCUAAGAAACACCAGAAGAAGAAGAAAUCUCGAGUUGCUCUCAGAACCUCCUCAGGAGGUGAGCCUGGUGAACCCGUCACCGCUUGGACUGAAAUGGACUUCACAAUUCGCAGCGCCACUCAUGAGGACUGUAAGGACAUCAUGCGCAUGGUGUCAGAGCUGGCAGAGUUUGAGAAUAUUUCUGAUCAGGUCAUGAUUACACUAAAAGACCUCAAACAGGAUGGGUUCUCUCAAAACCCAUUUUUCCAUGCUGUAAUUGCUGAGGUUCCAGAACAGCACAAGACCAAAGAUGGUCAUACGAAAGUAGGUUUUUCCAUGUACUUUUACAUUUAUAGCUGGAAAGGCCGAGCUGUAUUCAUGGAGGACUUGUACGUCAUGCCAGAGUUUAGAGCAAAAGGCAUCGGCAAGGCAUUGAUGUGCAAAGUUGCACAGCUAGGACAGGCUGCUGGUUGUACUCAACUCAAGUUUACUGCACUGAACUGGAACAAGUCAGCGCUGGACUUCUACCAGAAACAGGGUUCAAUUGACUUGACCUCUGAAGAGGGUUACCACUACAUGUGCUGUCACGGGGAUGCCUUUCAAAAGAUGGCCGAUAGAGGGUGCUAGAUUUCAGAUUAUAGUCAUUGCCUCUAUUCUUGACUAUAAUCCAGCCAGAUGUAAUGAAAGUUGAUUUUGGGUGUAGACACAUUUUUUUUUUUUUUUAAUUAUGAAGCAACUAUUCAGGUGAUCCUAAAUCUUUUAUUCUGUUAACCAAUAAAUAUUGUUGGAAAGAAAGAAAGAAAUUGUCCCAUACCUUAUGUGUUGACCUGGGAAAACCCAACAGAUGUUGCUUCAACUAUAUUCUGGAAAACAGACUAAAUGAAAUCAAACCUGCUUUUAUAAAAUUUCACUUAAAAAAUUUUUGAAUUUCUAAUUGGACUGUAAAUAUAAACAAUCAUGCAGUAGGUAUUUGAAUAUUUACCUGCAAUAUUAUAAAAAUAAAAGAACAAUUAAUGUAUGACAGAAAUUGAAAAUGCAGGGAGGCACAUAGCAGUAUGAUACCCCACCCCACCCCUAAAAAAAACUGUCUGUCAAUUUAGAGAAUAUAGCUGGGGAUGUACAUGCAAAUGAGGGUCCAUGUACCUCACCCAGAAUCUUAGCAGUGUAAGACUUUUUCUGGAGCUGUCCUUUCUCAUUUGAAUAUUUGGUCUGUAAUUGUAUUACAGACUUUAUUGUGUUAAAUUAUUUUGUCUUUCCUGCCAAAGAACUGUAUAAGGUCUACUGUCAAAGUCAAAUUAGAAAAUGUGAGAUGUAGAUGGACCUUAUACAUCUUUAAAUUGAGGAAAAACUGAAGACUUGAAUUUAAAGACUUUAAAUUAAAAUGCUGGAACAUCAU